CCGACAGGUGCACAGGUGUUUGGGUUUGAUUAAGUCAUUAAGUGAUCAAGCUGGCGCGUGGACGACAAGGAGGGCUGAUAUAUUCAUCCCUUUUAAACUUUGUUUAACCGACGGCGAGUCGGUAUUUUUGUCUUUCACCAUUAGCGUGGCCAAUUAUCUAUACGAUCGAGCCCCAAUUCAUUUGUUUAUACACAUGAUUAAGAAGACAUUUUAUUUAUUAAACUGUAGUAACUUCAGUCAUGGCGAGCAGUAAGGCGAAUGGACUAAUGAUUGCGCCGGAGAGCGAACUGAUGGGCGACGUAUUCGCGCGCGUGCAUGGAGGGAUAUCGCUCCCAAUGUACGCCAAUAUUGCCAAGUUUCGACGGGGAAACGACGGGCUGUACAUAGAUACAGAGAACUGGGACGAAGUUCUGAGGAGAAGGCAGAUGGUCAACGCUAAAGAACGCCUGCGAAUCAGGAACCUGAACAGCAUGUUCUCCAGGCUGAAGCGCAUGGUGCCGCUGGUGCGCCGCGACCGCAAGCCCAGCAAGGUGGACACGCUCCGGGCCGCCACGGAGUACAUCCGCCUGCUGCUGGCCGUGCUGCAGGACUCCCCCACUGGCAGCAUGCUGGAGGCCGUGCCGGAGAUGGCGGAGGGAAUGGCGCUGGCGGUUCCUGUGGUGUCAGCCGGGCUCGGAGGGGAAGACGGAGGAGACAUGGGGGGUCUGCUGCUGCACCACUGCGUGCUCCCCACUUACCAGUACAUCAUCCAGCUCACCCCCGAACAGGCCCUGAUGUUCCAGCCCACGUAAACAUGGAGGACGGGCUGGCCAAUCACGGUGCACCUUCAGGUGCUGUGGCGCUACCAAAAGGAAAAUUUAUAUUUUUGUUUCAUUUUGUUUAUUGCAAAAAAUGAAUGAACGAAGGAAUAAAAAUGUGCAGUUAUGAGCUUU